AUGGAUGCUGGUGGCAAGCUACAACUGGAUGAGCGCGUACGAGAGCACUUCCUACGGGUGAUGGAGCUGGAGAUUGAUCUCGGGGUCUCCAAGCAGACUCUUAAACUAGUGCCGGCACAGGAGAGCUGCCGAGAGGACGUUGAGCAAGGGCGGCUGCCAACCCUGCAACGGCAGCUGGUGGUGCCAGCAGCGGCACGGGUUUUGGGCUUCAAGUACCACGAGGCCGUUGAGACCGCAACGGGCUUCGCCGGGGUACAUAACCUGUGCGUCCUCAUGGAGGAGGAAGGAAAGCUCUACCUGGAGCCUCUCUCCCGUAUGUACACAGACCAACUCUCGCAACACCUCCCUGGACGCGUGCGCUGGCUGCCACCGGCUUUGGAAGCCGUAGAGAAGAUGGACAAGGAAGGCCUGGACGUCAAGAAGCUCCCCGAGGUAGAUGGCCUCCAGAUCCUUCGGGGCUCGAUGGACCACAUCGUCGACUCCCGCUACAAGGAGGGCAUCGGACCCGUGGAAAGCUCUGUCUUUCUCCAAGAUGAUGUGGUGGGUGGACCUGCACUUUUCUACAUCGACAUCGUGUUGGACGUCAAACAGCUUGUGCUCUUCUAUGCCAGUGGCCUCCACGGCUACCUCCUCCUGAACAUGAUGGGGAUGGCCAUGCCCAUCAUGUUCACCAUAUGGGAGGCAGAGAAGUUUGUGGGGAGCCCUUCAGUGGACCGCGAUGCGAUGACUUUCUGGAUCCCUCCGGGCAUCCUUUUGCCGCUCUUGGUCAUCGCAACGAUCUCCCAGACUUUGAUGCUUCUGCUGGCUUUGUUGUCUGCCGCCACGGGCAAGCCGCCCGGCUCAACGAAGCAGCCGCUGCUCUCGGGAGCCAAGUUCGCCGAGGUCGCCGAGUCUGCGACAUCGGCGCUUGUACAGACAAACUUUCUGAUCUCUGCCCUGGGGGGCGUUUCACAGAUUCAAGCGCUGGAGUUAUCGGAGGAGCAGCUGCACAGCAUGCAGCUGUCAGUAGCGGUGUCCUGUUUGUCCCUUGGCCUGGGUUUCGCCAGCCGCGAUAAGGCGGACUCGGCAGUGCUUGGCCUUCCCGGGAAACUUGGGUGGGACGCGACGAUGGCAGCCCUCGUCCUCACGAGAUGCAUGGAGGUGUCUAGCAGAGUCUUUGCGUAUAACAUCCUACAAGUCUCCGUGAGGGGAUGGCCGCUCCUGCGUUUCGGUAGCCUCGUAGCAGUAGGCCUGGUGCUGGUGUCAGCCCGACUCCUCUUCCCGGACGCCUCCCUGGCAGAUGUGGCAGCUUCCACCAUCGCCCAUCCCGGGCAGAUCUUAGAGCCCAGCUCGCUGCUGCCUCUUCAGCAUUCGCUGUGCCUCCACGGCCUUAUCGUCGCGGCUGCUGGUGGAUCACAGCUCCUUCUACAUACCAGCGCAGCUCCAGAUGCAUCGAAGAUGCUGCCCAGCGCGCUGCUGAUUGCCUGGCUGGCCGUGAGCAUCGCGAGCUGGGCGGCGCUGGUGUUGCUCCGCAUGCGCGGCACAUAUGUGGACCAGCCACGCUUUGUCGCCUUGGCAUCAGCAGGCGACCGCUCGAUCCCCUUCUCGACCUUAGCACCGGCCUUCGGCAGCUCGGGCCAGGUUCCCAAGGCCGUCUUCAAGGCGAUGAAAGCGAAGCACCCCGUGAAGUUGGACACGAAAGCGGCGGUGCAGGGGCUCGACGAGUUCACUCUGCGCUGGAUCCUACACUCUGGAGUUGGCAUCCAGCUUGUGCCCAGCGCCCUUGACGAAAGCGGGCUCAGCCUACAGGGUUUCUUUGAGUGCCUGGCCGAGUGGCCACAGCUCAAGAAAGCCGACUUCGCUGAGUGUUUCAAAAACAACGGCGAGGGCGCUGAGGGGCUGCUCGGGGCCUUGGCCCGCUGCCGGGAGCUACAGGAGCUCAACAUGUACUGGUGCGAAAAAGUCCCGGCGGCGGCCUGGCGGCUGCUCGGCGAGGCCGAGUGGCCCGCGCUGAAGAAGGCCGACUUCUAUGCGUGUUUCGAGUGGAACGGCAAGGGAGCUGCCGAGCUGCUGGGCGCCUUGGGCCGCUGCCGGGAGCUCGAGGCCGUCAACUUCCGCGCUUGCGAGAAGAUCCCGGAGUCGGCUUGGGCGGCGCUCGGGGAGGGCGUGUGGCCGGUCCUGAGGCAAGCCAAAGUUUUCCUCGAGAGACAUCCCCUGUGCGGAUACCGAACCGAAGAGGUGGUCGCCCGCAACCAGUUGUCCAUCUACCCGAAGAUGGCGACAACGGUCCUCAUCCCAAAGGCAGACGCAGAGCUGCAGGGCGACCUCGAGCUCUUCGAGGCUUUGGCCCAGAGCCGCGAGCUCGAGGACACCGGCACAGAGCUCAACAUGUACGAAUGCCGCAAAGUCCCGGCGGCGGCCUGGCGGCUGCUCGGCAAGGCCGAGUGGCCGACAUUGAAGAAGGCCGACUUCUUAGAGUGUUUCGAGUACGACGGCGAAGGAGCUGCCGAGCUGCUGGGUGCCUUGUGCCGCUGCCGGGAGCUCGAGGACGCGGCAGAAGGGGUGUUCGUUUUCCUGAAAGCAGAGAGUCCGCAGCCUCCCUUGCAGGAAGCUCAUAGUUGCAGGCGAAGUUGCCAAGUAAGGGGGAAGGCUUUGCAUUUUGCGGGAUGUUGCAGAGCCUAA